AUGUCACAAACUCACCCUGUACAGGUUGGAACAUUGAAAAAAGGCAGUUAUGUAGUAGUUCAAGGAAGAGCUUGUAAAAUCGACGAUUACAGUACCAGCAAGCCUGGUAAGCACGGUAGUGCCAAGAUGCACAUUGUUGGUGUUGAUAUCUUUACUGGAAAAAAGUAUGAAGCUAUUGCACCAACAAGUGCUAACAUGGAUUGUCCUUUCGUUGUCAAGAAGGAAUAUCCAUUGAUGGAUGUUAGUGAUGACGGGUAUUUGACCUUGCUCACUGAGACUGGAGAUGAACGAUGUGAUAUUCAAGUCCAAAAUUCUGAAUUGUUGAAUAGAAUUAAGAGUUCAUUUGGAGAGGAUCAGGAUGUGAAAAUUAUUACCAUCUCAGCCAUGGGACAAGAGCAAGUGAUGGAUAUGAAGAUCGAAUAG